GGCGCUUCAUAGUACACUACAACUUGCGUGAUAUCUUGGAAAUCACGCUGCCGAAUUUUCAGUAAAUCUGAUAUUUUCUUCAACUGUCAACUAAAUCUUUGAUUGUAAAAUGCCUCCUAAAAAGAAGCCAAAGAAGCAGUAUAAUGGGUUCUACAUGUUCAUGCUGGAAAAACAGGAAGAAAUGCGUUUGGAAGGCCGUAAAGUUUCGAUGCAAGACAUGGUCCCGAUUGCGCAUCCCGAGUGGAGAAUGCUUCCAGAAGAUAUUCAGAAGGAGUACACAGCUCGCGCCAAACAAAAGAAGAAAGAAGACAAGGGAGCGUCAGGAUAUGAAGGGAAAUUGGAUUGCACAGGGCAACUCAUCACGAAUCGUUUUUCAGUGAGUGAUUAUCUUGAAAAGAGAAGACGAACCGAGGCUGCUGCCUUGAAAUCAUCAUGGUCUACUGGUGUAGACAUAGUCAAUCAUCCAUUCUACAUGAUAGCUGUAAAGACAUUAUGCCAAGUCCCCGAUGAUGACACGUACCUUCCGUGUGAACUAGCGUGCGUAGAGUAUACCAUGAGUGCCGGCAUCACCAAACGUUUCCAUUGCUUCCCUGAUCCUGGCAAACUCCCGAUGGGCACUCGAUACCUGUGCAAAGUGCAAGGUAAGAACUAGGAUCACUGAAAAGAUUCAUCUGAUUUGUGUGUACACAGAAAACUUUUCCACAAUCAAGGAUUUUCACGUGUUUGAGGGUUAAGGCUUUCGCAUGCAAGACUGCACGCUUCGUCAGACCUUCGCCGUGGUGGCUGUUGUUGGAGCAGCACCCCAAAGCAUUAGAAAGGGAUUGUUCGUGGAGGAGAUAGGAUAUUGCAAAUGUCCCAAGUUUCUAUUCAUAGGGGGGUCCCGUUCCAUGCUUAGGACAAUACGCUUUCUCCUCCUACGAUUCCAUUCUAUUGCUUCAUCAUGCUGCUUCAGCAACAACAACAGCUAUGACGAAGGUGAAGCCUGCAGCCUGGCAACCGAAAGCUUACCAAAGACCAGGGGUGUUUCACAAAGAUCUAAGUAUGACUUAGAGUCGCACUUAAAUGCCGACGCGUACAUGAUAUGCAACGCGCAAUCUGAUUGAUGGAUACGCGGUAGUGCGCGUCCUCUUCGUACAUGUAUGAUCUGACCAAUGCAGUGAUGUCUUUUAGAAUUCACGCAACUAGGAAUUUAAGUGCGACUCAAAGUCAUAAUUAAAUCUUUGUCAAACACCCCCCCCCCCCCCGGUAAUAAUUAUUGAUAGUAGAAAAAAAUAAUAUUUUCUCUACGUAAGAACUGGGUUCUUUUUAAUGAUUUCUUUUAGAGAGUUGUGACUACACCAAAUGGUAAUAAGACCGAACUGAUAAAAGACUGAGUGGGUUUAACCAUGAUGUUGUCAAGCAUCUGACAAUUCGGUGGAUUCGCAAUACAGUGCGCCUCCUAUCGGUUUCAGCGGACAAGCCGAAAUCCGCAAUGCCUCAUGGGAAAAAAGUUGACAUCUGUGUUAUGCAUACGAUAAUUGCAUGCAUGCAUGCAGCUGAGCUGCUCUUGGCGGCGCGGCUUGGCCGGCUUGAGUAAAAUUAUGGUGUUAUCCUGGGUCCAGGUGGUGGGAGAGGAUUUUGAUGCAUAUUCCUUUGCAAAAUUUAGACCUCUUUAGGUGAAUUCUUCCUCCACUUUUGCCAUAUACAGUGCGUAUCAAAAAAAAGUUUACACUUAGAAAAAAUCCUGUAAAAUUAUACAUUUAUAAUAUCCUGAAGAUUUUUCCACAUGUUAACAUUGGUACAGCUCCAUUUAAGCAAAUGACGAUAUAACUGUCGAAAAAUAUUUCCGCUUGAGUGAGUACCACUUACUUUUGAAAAGUUAGUGAAAAAUUAUUUGCGCAGAACUUUGAAAAAUUAUUUGCGCAGAACUUUGAAAAAAAUAUGCGAAUAAAAGUAGAACUUAAUCAUGAAGAACAGGUGAAAUCUAGCUAGUAAAAUUGAUUUGAAGAUAUCUUUUACCCUUUUAAACUUGUUUCCUUGCCCCAAACACUUCGAAGAGUGCAUGGCGCCCCACCCCUCUCCCCCACACACCGAGGCCAUCGUGACGAUAUUUGCUUUACACUGAGUUGUGAUUUAUAUGAAAUUGCUUAGGCUUGAUUUUCAUUUUGUUAAUCAUUGUCAAGCUUGGAAAAAGUGUGGAGAAACAAGUAUUAAAUGAAAAUAAAAUGUAAACCCACUUUAAAUCUUAAAAACUUAAUGAAAAAAUGCUGGAGAGGUCUGAUAUAAACUUUUGUUCAGAUUAAGUUAUGUCCUGAGAUCCAACUGGCAAAACAGGGUAAAGGUUGUGCUUACUAAGUGUUGAAAUUUCGAUUAGGGUAGCAAAAUUAUUACAGAAUGCUUGAAUGUAUCCAUUUCAUUUCAACUGACUAAAAAUGCAAGGGAUAUUUAUGAGAAAUGUUUCGCAGGGUAAGUUUAAUUUUUCCCUUUUCUCCUUGACACAGCGUGAAAACAAGCAUUUCUGCGCAAACAGAUUUCUGCGAGCUUUACAAAAAUAGACAGUGCUCACUCAAGUGUAACAUUCUGUCAAAACUUUGAGCAAGGUGCCACACGGAAAAGGAGAAAUUUUCAUCUAGUGCUUCUAGACCAGUUUCUUACGCUGAAUAUGAAUAUAUGAGGUAACCAGGCUGUAUCCUGAAAAUUAACCCGUGAGGGCGCUUUUUUCAAAAUGGCCGCCAAAUUUUCAGAACAUUUGAAUUUACGUACAUAGAUUUUGACAUAAACAUUCCAUUGCCACAAAAUUAGUGUCAUAUGAAAGACAAAUAAAUUUCCUACAAUUUGGUACCAUUAAUAGGGGAUAAGUAAGUCAUUUGGCUGAGAUUUUAAGUAGAAAACUGCAUUUUUUGUCAUUUUUUCCAAAAAUUGAAAAUUUUGCAAAUACAUGAUUUUACAUAAUUCUAAGAAUAAUUAAUCAAUUAUCUUGAAAUGUUCCAAAAAACUUUAUUGAUAUAUUAUUAUCAUGUGGAUGAAAUUCCAACUCUGUAUCAUUCUUCCUAGCAAAUUUAUAAGGUAUCAAACUUGAAUACUUCAAUUUCAGAAAUGUCGCUUUUUGUAUGCAUUUUCAUAGACUAAUACGUAUAACAUGUAUAAUAUGUAUAAUGUAUAGUUACAAAUUAAAUGCAACUAUCUCUGCUCGUUAAUCACUUGGAUAGUUAAAAGUAGGCUUUUCUCUAUCAGCUACAUAAAACAGAAUGUUGGCACAUUAAGGCCUAACACUCUCAUGGGGUGGGGGUGUCGAACAGGCGCGUAGCCAGGGGGGGCGGUGGGGGCGGUCGCCCCCCCCCAAAACGUCCCC